CGUUUACUAAGAUGAAGGACUAAAACAAAAGCGGAAAUCAAAACGUAAAACAAUGUAGACAAAACCUCAUAGAACGUUUUUAUUUCAAAUCGCUGAACCUUCUGUAAACAGUAUGAACAGGAAGUCGUCUAGCUUGCACAUGCGCAGAAGAAACCGGGUUUUCCGGUAUAACUCGGGUGUCUGGCCGACAGUAAAUAAACGCACGUCUUCAAGGCAGCGACAUGUCGGCCGACACCAAGAUCGCAGAGCUGCUCACGGAACUUCAUCAGCUCAUCAAACAGACCCAGGAGGAGAGAUCUCGCAGUGAACACAACCUCCUCAACAUUCAGAAGACACACGAGAGGAUGCAGACGGAGAACAAAACUUCUCCGUACUACCGCACCAAGCUGAGAGGACUGUACACCACUGCCAAAGCAGACGCCGAGGCCGAGUGCAGCAUUCUACGUCAUGCCCUGGAUAAAAUCGCAGAAAUCAAGUCGUUGUUGGAGGAGAGGAGGAUCGCUGCUAAGAUGGCAGGAGUUUACAGCGACACUGAUCCGCCCAGGAAGACAAUGAGGCGCGGCGUCCUCAUGACCCUCCUCCAGCAGUCGGCCAUGACGCUGCCGCUGUGGAUCGGAAAACCCGGGGAAAGUCCGCCUCCACUGUGUGGAGCCACUCCUGCCAACAGCGACUACGUGGCCAAGCAGGGCGACAAAGUGGCAGCAAGGGUGAAAGCCGUGGACGGAGACGAGCAGUGGAUCCUGGCUGAGGUCGUCAGCUACAACCACUCCACCAACAAGUACGAAGUGGACGACAUCGAUGAAGAAGGCAAAGAGAGACACACUCUGAGCCGGCGGCGGAUCAUCCCUCUGCCACAGUGGAAGGCAAACCCAGAGACGGACCCUGAAGCUCUGUUCAGCAAAGACCAGCUGGUUCUGGCUCUGUACCCCCAGACCACCUGCUUCUACAGAGCCCUCAUCCACACCCCACCACACAGGCCUCAGGACGAUUACUCGGUGUUGUUCGAGGACACGUCGUACGCUGACGGUUACUCUCCUCCUCUAAACGUGGCGCAGAGAUACGUGGUCGCCUGCAAAGAGAACAAGAAGAAGUGAUCAAGGCCUGGAUACGAAAACCACACCAGACCAGAAUGACUCUAAUGGAGCCGGAGCCAUCUUUUUUCUUCUUUUUUUUUUUAUGCUGGAUUAUCUGUGACGAGCAACACAAACACCUGAGAACACACUUUAAAUAAAAACUUCAAAGGAU